UCUCAAGGGAAGAAGAAACAAACAAGAGAGAACUCACAGAGGGCAGACAGAUCGAGGAUAGCCAACAGCAGACUGUGGUUGACCCAAGGAUCGGUGGGAUCUUGCCAGAAUCUGAGGAUCCUCACCAUUGGCAGACCCAUGUACCAAGGCAUGUACCAGUGUCGGUUCUCAUAGGUCUCAUUGAGGGUGGUCAACGAGGGCAUCGGAAUCGUAUUGGCGGCCAAGGAGCGAGUCCGCCCAUUGUCCCCGCCCCGUUCGCUCAUUGGGGUUUUCACGCUCGCUUUCGCUCGCUUUCGCUCGAACCGCGGAGACGGAUUUAGACGGAUUGGGUGGGUGGGCCUGGGCCAAUAUUGCUGUUCUUUCCGACAUUGCGCUAUUCGAAGCGAAACACGCGCGCCAACAUGACGCUGACUGGCGCAUCCUCGAGGACCGUGGGAUCGGACGGCGGCCCGUCUUCGCUCAUGACCGCCGCUCCGUUGCCCGACUCAUCAGCCGCCGUGCCCACCACGCCCACCACUCGUCGACUGGGUGUCCCGGGAUCGGCGCCCACCAGUCGACGAGCCCGGAAACGCAUCCGCGAUGCCAAAAAGAAAGCCCGACCCGAGCUCAAGACCCGUGAGAUGUGGGUGGAGCGGAACUACGCCCGAACGUUUGACUUGUCUUGGUCGCACGUGCCCGAUACGUUGGCCCGAGUCGACGUCAAGCGGGUUAGUCCCCAAGAGUUCAUCGAGAAAUUUGAGAAGCCCUACUUGCCUUGUGUGCUGACCGGCGUGCAGGACACGUGGCUGGCCCAAGAGAAAUGGACAUUGGAGCGUUUGGCCAAAAAGUACCGCAAUCAGAAGUUCAAAUGCGGCGAAGACAACGAGGGCUACAGUGUCAAGUUGAAAAUGAAGUAUUACGUCGACUACAUGAAAUCCACGUCGGACGACAGCCCCCUCUACAUCUUCGACUCCAGCUAUGGCGAUCAUGCGAAGCGAAAACGCUUGCUCGAAGAUUACGAGAUCCCCAUCUACUUUCGAGACGAUCUCUUCAAGUAUUGCAGUGAGAAGCGACGACCGCCGUAUCGAUGGGUGGUUGUGGGCCCGGCUCGAUCCGGCACCGGUAUCCAUAUUGACCCUCUAGGUACAUCAGCGUGGAAUGCUCUCAUAUCCGGACACAAGCGUUGGUGCUUCUUUCCCACGAACACGCCCAAGGACCUCAUUAAAGUCACCUCGCGCGAUGACCAUAAGCAAACCGAUGAGGCCAUUACGUGGUUCAACGUCAUCUAUCCCAAAACUCAGCGGCCCGAUUGGCCCCAGGAGUUCAAGCCCAUCGAGCUCAUUCAACACCCUGGCGAGACCGUGUUCGUGCCUGGCGGUUAUUGGCACGUGGUGCUGAACUUGGACACGACCAUCGCCGUUACUCACAAUUUCUGCUCGAAGACGAACUUCCCCGUCGUUUGGCACAAGACCGUCCGAGGACGACCCAAGCUCAGCCGCAAAUGGCAUCGAGCCCUAGCCAAACACGAGCCGGAGUUAGCUGCAUUGGCCAACCAAAUCGAUUUAGACAAAUCUUCCGGACAAGCCUCGGACUCGAGCUCGGACUCCAGUUCCAGUUCGAGCUCGAGUAGUUCCAGUUCCAGUGAUUCCGAAUCCGAUUCGGGUCAGGAGAGCUUGUCGUCGAAAAAGAAGCGAAGAAAGAAAGACGAUGGAAGUGGAGAGCACGUGAGUGGUGGGUCAUUCAAUGACAGAAAAUAGAGGACAGUCUCUGUCCAUUGUCGACCGACCCCAAUCAAAAUCAUCAAUAGCAGGCCAACCAACCAUCGAUCGAAAUCAGGACUCGUGAGCUCACUCAACCAUCGGCCAGCAAAUAUCCGGACUAGAUAUCGUUCGAACGUGUUUUUGAUUGGCCUCACCUUCUCAGUAACCGAAGCAGCAGCAUUGGAUGACGUUUAAGAAGAAAGAAGGCCGGAGAUAUCAGCUUUGUAAGCUGGAUGAACAGUCUCUGAACGCACACUGAAUAACUGAUUAGAAUGAAUAAACGCCAUAAGAAGUUUG